UGUUGACCUUGCGGCGAGUGAUGAGCGCUGAGACUGAGUGCCAAAUAAUUUGGUGAUUUCUGCACGAUGCUCUCAGUGGUUUCUCUUCAAUUGGAUCUCUUUGGUCAGGUAGAUCUCUUUUUCGAAUUUCACUGCCUCGGGAUUCGCGAAAAUGUUUAGCAUUCGACGCUGGCCAGUCGCAAUGUCUCGGGGGAACGACUUGGAUGCGGAUCUGGAGUUGGAUCUCCAGGAGGGGGACAGGGACAACCAGUCGGCGGCCACCACUAUCACGCUGGAGGAGCGUCCUGGCAAGCCGCAGGUGCGAUUCUUCAGCAUCGGACCCAGCAGCUACCAGGUGCGGUGUCCACUGUGCCAGCAGAGUUCCAAGACGGAAACAGUGGAGAUGACAGGAGCGCUGGGCCAGCUCAGCUGCCUCUUGUCCACGUUGUCCUGUUGCUUUCCCAUCUUCGCCCUGACGUUCGUGUACUCCUGUCUGCAGAGUCGCCUGAAGUCGAAGCGCGUGUUCUGCAGCCGAUGCGGUGGUCACUUGGGAUACCACUGGCGUCCCACUUAGUUUCGGAUAGUCUCGGAUUCUCGAAUUCACGCAAAUGAUCUAUAAAUAAACCGGCAGCUGUUGUCAAAUCUUUUUAAUAA